AUGAAUGGCACCUCUAUUUCUGAUUUAGAGCCCAUGCACGAGGUCCGAGUGACACUGGAAUCUGUGAACCUAGAGAAAAGUGUGGGCUGCACCAAGGACUCUCUCUCAUUUUACGACGGGACUAUGAUAUCAGCAGACAACCUGAUCUACACUUCAUGUGGAAGUGAGGGGAUAGUAAAGCGAGCACUACGAGAGGUGGAGAGUUCCAGUAGUGUCAUGACAAUAAGGUUUAUCAGCGACGGAGACGGGACUGGUGCAGGGUUCCGGCUAGGAUACGCUGCCUUCAAUCCAGGUGGCGCCAGUUCAGGUGUGAUAGCGGCAGCGGUUGUGAUCCCUCUCUUGCUACUCCUCAUAUUGGCUCUCCUUCUCUUUCUCUACUGCAAAUACUGGAAGCCCAAGGAAGAGGUUUACGAGCCUCAUAAGAAUUUCCAUUGGAAGGAUGGCGGCGCAGUGGACAAUGCUUACUUCCACUUUAUUGCUAACGGUGGCAGGAAACCUCCACAGUCAAUGGCUAGUAAGCUUCAGGUGACCGCCCAGUUACCUGACGAUGAGACAGAGAGUGUGGUGAGUAGCACCAGUCGCAGCCGUCUGACCGACAGACCGCUCCACUACAGUGAGAUUAAACUGGGCAUCACGCAGACUCCCAGUCCUUCCAGGCCGCGUAGCAGACAAUCAAAACGGACCCCGCUGGCUCCCUCAAACAGACAAACCCCGACCUUCUCUCACCGAUCAAACCUAUCUCAUAACCCUGCUGCACAGUCUCAUGUCAGUAGCAACUUCAACAGCAGGGAGUUGGAAAACAUGGAGAAGUACAACCAUAAGAAGGCGUUGGAGGGUCUGGGGCUGAGUGAGGCGGACUUUAAGCUAAAUAUCCCAACCUCCCACACCGGCCGCAGCAACGCGUCAAUAACAGAGAGUGAGGAUGACUCACUGACCAGGACAGCUCUUGAGGACACUCUGAUGGAUGGUGAUCCUUUACAACACACUAUUCUGUCUGAUGACGUUCUUAGGUCUCCUCAAACUAUGAGAGCUCUGGAAAAAUUCCGGGCCGGGGCAAGGAAGGAACGGUUUGAUGACCCUAAUGAUGAGAAUUACGAGAUGAAGAGACAGAACAGGAUUCUUUCAGAAGAGAACCUGGCAAACCAGAGACGAGCCUACAACGCUGGUUACCGAAGACCUUUACCUCCAUCGCAAACUAACUUGUGAUAGCAAACCUCUUCUGCUCUUAUCUUACUAAAGUGCUUAUCUUUUGUGCCGUAAAAUGUACGAAACAUUGGAACCAAUCCCCAACCCAGUAUGCCAAAACCCUUUCAGAACCCUUUCGUUAAUGUCCCAGAAAAUAUAGAGAGGAAAAGUCCAUUUACUAAAAAUGACGCUCAUUUAAGCACUUUCGUCGGAUAAAAGUAUUAAGCUCUUAUUUGCUUAUAUCAGAUUGUCAUCGGUCGUAUGAUGAUAAUCGCCAGACUGUGGAAGUUAUGGUGAACCUCAGUGAGAUUGGAUUCAAGUUGGUAUGCUCCAAAUGUUGUGGAACAGAAUUAAUGACGAAACUAUUAUGUAGCAAAAUAGGAUCGUUUGAAGAACGAUCGAACUAGUUUUUAAUGAAAAGCAAUUUUAUUUGAAGAAUUAGGGAGCUCGUGUAGAUCCGAGGGUUAGGUGCUGUCAACAACUGCAAACUAAAUCAAAAUACUCUGAUUCAACUGAACCUGAUCAUUAAACUUUUAUCGCUAAGAGUUACCCUGUCUGAAAUGUGUCCUGUAAAUAAACUAACUGCUGACUACUUCAAUUAGGUGGCUGAAACUCCUUUCAAACGCUGGAUCUUGUGAAUCCAGAAUACUUUCAGAAUUGUGACUUAAUGUCCUUUUAGUGCCACUCUUUCUACCAUAAAUGUUAAAUUCUUUCAAUUUCAUGAUUAUGAAACGUUGGGACUCGCUGUGCAAGAUAUGCAAUUCAGCCUAUUUGGUAUAUCAAGAUUCAAGAGUGGUGAAAUAUAUUUGGAUCUAGCUUAUUUGUAGAUUUGUAUUACAUACCAAAAGUCAGCGUAGUCCGAAAUGUAAAUGUUGGUUGAUGACAAGGUGUUAGAAAUGGUGUUGGGAAUAGAAUCUUUUGUGGCAUUCUUCAUUUUAUUUUGUUUUGUAAUUUGUAUGCUUUUUAUGUAAGCUUUAUGGAGGAAUAAGCAUGACGUGUAAAUAUAAUUCCUGCUAUACCGUAUUAAUUGUCAGACUAUUUUCUGUACUUCAAUGAAGUACUACAACGACAUGAAAAUAGCGACAUGAAACUUAUUGACCCUUCUAUCAUGUAGCAACAAUUUAACUUUAAGUGUAUUUUGUAAAACUGAAUUAACUAAGUUACUUUACUACAAUAAAUGCCAUUUACUGAAAUAAGCAAAUUAGUUUAGGUUGAUCCUUCAUUGAUGUACAUACUACUAUUAUUAUAAUAUAUCAGAAUUCAGAAGUAGCAAUUGAGAAGUUCAGUAGUAAGUUUUGAUAUGAUUUUUGUGGUUUCAACAAAUUGGUUUAAUACUAAACGCAUGUUAUUUGUAUUUUAUUUUAAACUUAAAGAUUGGGGGUUUCAGAAACGCAGAGCCAGAUAAUUUUAGCAGAGUUGAUUGUUUUGUUACGAACUUGUUUUUGGAAGAGCUUUGAUGACUUCUGUUUGGCCAAAUUAUUUCAGAAUAUUUUCCACUUCUAAUAAAAUUUUAGACGGUUACUUUCAGUUAGUAAUUUUGUUCACUUCUGUUUAUAUGAAAACGCUUGACAAAA